GCGGCGGCAUCGGCGCUGCUGGAGAUUCAUGUGCGUAUGUGCGGCGCUCCGGCGAGACCGGCCGCCAUCUUUACUACCCAUCAACUGCACAUCGCUGCCGGUGGGGCGGAACACCACUCACAUCAUCCACCCAGUUGAUUUCUAGGAACCUGGCGCACCACCGUGCUCUCUCGCCAAAGAAUUACCCCGCGUUCUGACCCGUUCGCUACCCCCCCUCCGGCUGCACCUCGAACACACGAUGGGAGAGCGAGAGGACCUCGUUUACCAGGCGAAGCUGGCCGAGCAGGCAGAGCGAUACGACGAGAUGGUGGUGUCUAUGAAGAACGUGGCGGGCAUGGACGUGGAGCUCACAGUGGAGGAGAGGAACCUACUAUCAGUGGCCUACAAGAAUGUGAUCGGAGCCCGGAGAGCCUCCUGGAGGAUAAUCAGCAGCAUCGAGCAGAGGGAGGAGAGCAAGGGCGCUGAGGAGAAACUGAAGAUGAUCCGGGAGUACAGCCAAACGGUUGAGAAGGAGCUGAAGACGAUCUGUGGUGACAUUCUGGAUGCACUGGACAGACACCUACUCCCCUCUGCUGUCAUGGGAGAGUCUAAGGUCUUCUACAACAAAAUGAAGGGUGACUACCACAGGUACCUGGCAGAGUUUGCCACUGGCAACCACAGAAAGGAGGCAGCGGAGAACAGCCUGGUGGCCUACAAAACUGCCACCGACCUCGCCAUGUCGGAGCUCCCGCCCACGCACCCCAUCCGCCUCGGCCUCGCCCUCAACUUCUCCGUCUUCUACUACGAGAUCUUAAACUCCCCCGACCGCGCCUGCAGGUCGCUGCCUCUGCUGAACACUUCAGAAGUCUUCUGUUCUUAGGCUCUUUAUUGUUAUUACAUUUCUGUUUUUAUAAUCUUCCUCUAUGUUUUGUUCUGGAGUCAGUAUUCCAGUGUUUCCCUCCAUUCAAUUUAAAACGUCUCCACCUCGGGCGGUUUGCACCGUGGUCGUGAUUGAGCAGCGGUUUCCACCAUGUGGUUCAUAGAUUGGUGGAAAGACCCCCGACUGUGUCGCUUUAA